AUGGCCCUCAUACCUCUCUCUCUCUCUCUCUGUCUCUCUCUCUCAUAUUUGAUCGCUCCGUCAAGCAUUUCUCAUUGUUCACAUUACUUUAGUCGCCGAUUCGUGCACCCGCACGGACCAGCUAGGAAGCUGACCUAUAUGACUGCCUACAGUCGUCCUGGUUGGCUAGACUCGGCAUACUGGAAUAUAAAAAUGCUCAUUGAGAACAAGCAUACUCAAGUCAUCGACGAUGCAGUGCAGUCCGCGGCGAGAGCGGCCCUCAACCAAUUCCGUGAGCUCGCCGCCGCGGCGGGGACCUUCCCCGUCGGCUCCCGGGCCCGGCACCUGUCGACGACGACGACGACGACGGGAGCGAAGAGGUCGUCCUCACUUGACGAGAGUGCGGUCGCUGAUCGUGCCGCCGACGAGUUCCGCAAGGCCGAUCCGCCGGCAAAGCCGAGGCUGUACAUUGUGUAUCUAGAGCCAACGGCGCUCAACAAGGCCGACGUUGAUGUAUCCAAGAAGGCCGCCGAGCUGCACCACAGCAUACUGUCUUCUGUCGUCGGGAGCGAGGAGGAAGCCACGAGAUGCAUGGUGAGAAGCUUCGCAUAUUGCCAUGCGUUCUCGGCGAUGCUCACCGACUCCCGGGCCCACGCUAUUUCGGGUCUGCCAGGAGUUUUAGGCGCAAGUCCUAAUACUGUAUACCGUCUCAGUACUCCUACGAUGGAAGCUAAAGCAAUCAUGGAACGCGUGAGAGCUCCAAAUGCUGCUCGUCGUGAUGCUGAUCAGUACACCUACGACGGGAGCUGA